AACUCCAGUUACCUCCCCGGCCGGCUGGGACCCUCGGGUGACCUCGCCGGAACGGGCGCGGUCCACCAUUUCCGGCGGACGCGUGUCCACCCCUUCUGCUGAGGAAGCAGAAGGCGCGGAAGCGGCAGGCCACGCCGCAUCUGAUGCGUCACGUUUCCCAGCUGCUUCCACCCUGAUUCCCAGCCGCAUCGUCCCCGUCCCGAUUUCCGUCGGGCCGCCCCUCACCCCCCCCCCCCCUCUUUCCUUGGCUUACCAUCAGCAGCUAGCGAAGGAUCCUACCCGCGGCGAGCGAGCGGCCGCGCUUCCCCCUGGCCCCCGCAGCCCCUCUCGUUAUCUCCACCUCGAUUCGGCUGCUCCGCCGGCGCCACACCCACACGGGCGGAGUGCAAAGGUGGACUCAGAGAGAAGGCUUCGUUGGUUUCUAGCUUUCGGUUCCCGAGGCGCCUCUGCCGGCGAUGUCGGAGUGCGGCCACGGUGGAGCGCGGGAGAAGCUCUGGGAAGCCGCCUGCAACGCCAUCGCCGGCGGCUCGGCAGGGGUGAUCUCGGCCACGGUACUGUGCCCGCUGGACGUGGUCAAGACGCGGCUGCAGGUGUACGGCCUCCCUUCCAACCUCUCCUCUGGCGCGCCACCGGCUGGUAGGGUGAUUAUUUCUGGUUUUCAGCAGAUAUUGAAAAAUGAAGGCUUGCCUGGGUUGUAUCGUGGUCUUUCACCAACAAUUGUAGCACUGUUUCCGACUUGGGCUGUAACCUUUUCGGUUUAUAAUCAUGUGAAGGGACUUCUUCACUCGGAAGAUGGUAAUAACAGUGAACUAUCUGUCCAAGCAAAUGUUCUCGCAGCUUCAUGUGCUGGAAUUGCAACAGCUACUGCAACAAAUCCACUAUGGGUUGUGAAGACUAGGCUACAAACACAAGGGACGAGACCUGGAGUAGUGCCUUACCAAAGCAUCUUAUCUGCUUUGCAGCGGAUUGCAAAAGAAGAAGGAAUCCGUGGAUUGUACAGUGGUCUCCUUCCUUCUCUAGUUGGGGUUGCUCAUGUAGCCAUCCAGCUCCCAGUCUAUGAAAAGGUGAAACUAUACUUUGCUAAAAGAGACAAUACUACAGUUGAUAAACUCAGCCCUACACAAGUAGCUAUGUGUUCAUCAGGAUCCAAAGUAGCAGCCUCGAUAAUAACAUAUCCACACGAGGUUGUACGAUCCAAAUUGCAAGAACAAGGCCAUGAUCAUCGCGGUGCUAUUCGGUAUAGUGGUGUAGCUGACUGUAUCAAGCAAGUUUACAGGAAGGAAGGUUUUCCUGGUUUCUACCGAGGCUGUGCUACCAACUUGUUGAGAACCACCCCAAAUGCUAUCAUUACUUUUACCAGCUAUGAGAUGAUAAAUCGCUUCAUGCACAAGCUUCUGGCUCCGUGAUCGAGAGCUUGAAGCCAGCAAAGUUCCAUUGAGUUUGAAGUUCUAGCAGAGAUGGAAAUCCAAUCUAGCUGCGGGGUCUAAUGGUUAACAUGGUUGUUGCCAUUUUCCCAUUCUGACGAAAUGGUGGCUGUUAAACACAGGUUUUGGUGAGAGAGAAUCAAAAUAUUCUGUUGUGGCGUGUUAUGGAAACAUCGUCUAUAUGCAUGAUGGAAACUUUUAAUAGGAGCCAAUCCUUGUCUGCAAAAGAUGCCGACCUGCUAGUUGCCGAUUUUUACUUAUUUAAGCUCGAAAUCGAUGUGAUCACAUAUCGCAUAUAGAAGCGAUCGAUGCCUAGAACUCUCAAAGAAGCAAGGACUCCUGCGAGUCUUGUAAACAGGAUAUGCAUCUCAGUGCAAACAUUGCCCUCUGGUUAUGCUAUUUUUUAUUUUAAAUGA